AUGCACUGGGAUAACAACCGGUACCCGACCGCGGAGCACCUUUUCCAAGCUCACAAGUUCAUAGACACUCAGCCAGAACUAGCUGAACGAAUCCGCCACCUCCCUAGCGCCCGCGCUGCCCUCGAGGAAGCGGGGCGAUAUCGUAAAUUCCAGCGCACGGACUGGUUUGAUGUCAACUUGAGAGACAUGCUCCUUGGAACGGGUGAUGCCGAACUCAUUGAGGACAGUCCGGUCGACUCCUUCUGGGGAUGUGGACACGAUGGUCAAGGAAGGAACGAGCUCGGAAAGGCGCUCAUGCGGCUGCGCGACAAGAUGCGGCGUGAUCAUUGA